GGAGAUGCCCAGCAUCUGGCUGGCGCAGAAGGAGGUCGUCUCGCGCGUGGACACCAAGAAGCUGGAGAAGGCUGAGGAGAAGAUCAAGAAGAAGCUGGAGAAGCAGAGCGCGGCACCGGCGCCAGCGGCAGGCCAGCCUGGCAGAAGACGGGCCAGCGCCUCGCAGGUCAUCUCCAAACGCGACGUGCGCGCAGAAGCCCGCGGCGCCAACAUGUGCAAGGACAUUCGCAUCGAGAACUUCGACAUUACCAUCGGAGACAAGGUGCUGAUGACCGGGGCGGACAUAACGCUGGUGUACGGCCGGCGGUACGGCUAUGUGGGCAGGAACGGCCUCGGCAAGACCACCAUGCUGCGAAUGAUUUCCAGCGGCCAGCUGGUGAUCCCCUCGCACGUGAGCGUGCUGCACGUGGAGCAGGAGGUCACCGGCGACGAGACGGAGGCGCUGCAGUCGGUGCUGGAGUGCGACACGGCGCGGGAGGAGCUGCUGGCGCGGGAGCGCCACCUCACCGCGCGCAUCAACGACGGCCACCAGGACGCCAACCUCUCGGAGCAGCUGUCGGAGGUGUACGCGCGCCUGCAGGCCUCGGACGCGGACCGGGCGCCGGCGCGCGCAGCGGUUAUCCUGCGUGGUCUCGGCUUCAGCCCCGAGAUGCAGAAGCGGCCCACCCGCGAGUUCUCCGGCGGCUGGCGGAUGCGGCUGGCGCUCGCCCGCGCCCUCUUCUCACAGCCGGACCUUCUGCUGCUGGACGAACCGACGAACAUGUUGGACAUGAAGGCCAUCAUCUGGCUGGAGGACUACCUGCAGACGUGGCCGUCGACGCUGCUGGUGGUGUCGCACGACCGCCAGUUCCUCGAGGUGGUGCCCACCGACAUUCUCUUCCUGCACAACCAGAAGAUCGACUGCUACAAAGGUAACUAUGAGCACUUUGUGAAAGCCAAGACGGAGAAGAUGAAGAAUCAGCAACGGGAGUAUGAAGCUCAGAUGGCGUUUAGGGCACACGCCCAGGAGUUCAUCGACAAGUUCAGAUAUAAUGCCAAGAGAGCGUCGCUGGUCCAGAGCAAGAUCAAGAUGCUGGAAAAGCUUCCGGUGCUGGUGCCGAUCGUGCCGGAGGGGGAGGUGGUGCUCAAGUUCCCGCCAACCGAGCCGCUAAACCCGCCCGUGCUGCAGCUGGACGAGGUCGACUUCCGCUACCCCACUUCCGACCGCUACAUCUUCCGCAAGGUCGACCUCAGUACCAGCAUGGAGUCACGCAUCUGCAUUGUGGGAGAGAACGGCGCCGGCAAGACGACGCUGCUGAAGAUCCUGAUGGACGACCUGUCGCCGGUGGCUGGCAUGCGGCACGCGCACCGCAACCUCAAGAUCGCGUUCUUCUCGCAGCACCACGUGGACCAGCUAGACAUGACCGUGCACUCGAUCCAGCUGCUGGCCAAACGGUUCCCAGGUCGGCCGGUGGAGGAGUACCGCCAGCAGCUGGGCAGCUUCGGCGUGUCCGGGGACCUGGCCACGCAGCAGGUGGGCAGUCUCUCCGGGGGUCAGAAGUCGCGCGUGGCUUUUGCCGCGCUCUGCAUGGCGCGACCCAACUUCUUCAUACUGGACGAGCCGACCAACCACCUGGACAUCGAGACGAUCGAGGCGCUCGGACACGCCAUCAACCGCUUCAACGGUGGCGUGAUCCUCGUCUCUCACGACGAGCGCCUCAUCCGCAUGGUGUGCCGCGAGCUCUGGGUCUGCGCGGACGGCACCGUCAAGGCGCUGGAGGGCGGCUUCGACGAGUACAAGACGAUCGUGCGGCGCGAGAUCGAGGCGGCCAACGCCGGCUGAUGCCGGCCCCCAUCUAGGCCCGAUCUAAUGGAAUUGGAGGACGGCGCGGGUCCGACCGGCGCGCGCGCGGAGGCUUCAAGGCAGGGGCCGGAGAGCGGGCGGAUUGGGAGGACGGU